AUGGCAAAGUUGGGGUCUUUGUUGGCCAUCCUGGUGGCCCUUGGUGCCUACCAGGCUGAGGCCAAGGUUCCCGGCAAAACCAAGUACACCCUGGAUAACAUCCGCCCCUUGACGGACCCCUCUUCUGGUCUGGUCAAGUGUUGCCCCGAGGGGACUGAGUUUGAUGGCAAAAACUGUGUUCUUGGUGUUCCCAGCUGCCCAGAGAACUUCAUCCGCAAGGGAGGCAAGUGCGUGUCGACCAUCAAGCCAAUUUGUCCGGAUGGGAGUGAAUACAAAGGGAAUAUUUGUGUUUCGACCGAGCUUCCCAUCUGUCCUCCUCCGACUAUCUUGAAGGGCAAGACCUGUGUGACGGGCCCUCCGACCUGUCCUCCGGGCCAAGAGUACAACGGCAAAGUCUGCCAGUCCACCCAGAUCCCCGCCUGCCCCGAGGGCUACAAGUUCAAUGGCAAGUCGUGUAUCAGCAAAAGCCAGCCCACAUGCCCCGACGGCUUGAACCUCUCCGGCGGCAACUGUGUCAGCACCCUGUACCCUAUCUGUCCCACCGGCACUGAGUUCCACGAGACCUACAAGACCUGUGUCGCGAUCACCCGUCCUGCGUGCGAAGAAGGAACCGUGCUCAACAAGGAUGGACUGUGCGUAUCUGAGCUCGGCCCCUCCUGUCCCGCCGACACCACCUUCAACCCCGUCACCGGCAAGUGCAUUGCCACUGAGAAGCCUGCCUGUCCUCCUGGAAGUGAACUGGACCUGAAGAGCAAGAAGUGUGUCCUGACCGAAACCGCCGCCUGCCCUCCCGGCAGUGACCUCUCGCUCGACAUUGCCUCCAACACCGCCCGCUGCUGCCCCGGCGAAAUGAUCUGGGACGGUGAGGUUUGUGUGUUCGACACCGAUGAGAGCGGCCAGUGCCCCCCCGGCACGACCAAGUUCGGCAAGCACUGCCAGAAGCAGCCCGUGCGCAUCCCUCAAUGCCCUCCUGGUACUAAGCUUGACAAAGACCGCUGCAUCAGUCUUGAGCUGCCCGAAUGUCCUCCCGGCCACAUCGUUGAGGGCGCCAUGUGUACUUCGACCGAGCUCCCUUCAUGCCCCCCUGGAUUGACUCUUACUGGCGACGUAUGUAUUUCCAUUGAGCAACCCGAGUGCCCGGCUGGCACCCGUCUCGAGGGCGUCAUCUGUGUCAGCAUUGAGCUCCCCGCCUGUGAGGACGGCUUCACUUUCGACGGCACGGACUGCAUCUCCGAGCUCUACCCCAUCUGUCCUGAGGAAGACAGCACCUUCGACGGCGAAGAGUGUGUGACCCCCCACUUCCCCUCCUGCCCGGAAGACACCGUCUUCGACGGCACCCGCUGCGUCGCCACUAGCACCCCCACCUGCCCCGCAGGCAGCGUCCCCAAUGGCGACGGCGACUGCAUCACGACCAUCGUCCCCAAGUGUCCCGCGGGGUCGACCCUCGUCGCUGGCGGCUGUAUCAUUGGCGUGCCCCAGUGCCCGAAGGGCACCAUCUACGACGGCAAGCAGUGCGUCUCGCCUAAGACACCCACCUGCCCGCCCGACCACACCUGGGCCGGCGGCAAGUGUAUCCGUACCACCGUCGUCGAGUGUGAGCCCGGCUACCACCUUCUGAACGGCGAAUGUAUCUCCGAGAACCGGCCCGAGUGUCCUGAGGGCACCAGCUUCGACGGCACGACGUGUGUGGGCACGGAGCCCGUCUGUGACGCAGGCCUGGUCUUUGACGGUGAGGAGUGUGCUCAUCCGCUUGAGCCCGUCUGCCCGGAGGGCAUGCGCUUCAACGGCCGCAAGUGUGUCGCUGUCAAGCUGCCUUCCUGCCAGCCGGGCACCGUCUUCGCCCCUGACACCAAGGAGUGUGUGGCUAUCACGCCUCCCGAGUGUCCCACCGGCCAGACCUUCAAUGGCAAGCAGUGCGCCCUCAACAGCGGCGAGUGCUUGAGCUUCGAGUACUGCCCUCCUGUUGGCCUAGGCUCGCCUGAGUGCCCUGGUGGUGGCCUGUUCGAUAAGCACACCGGACUACGACCCGUCAAACUCACAUCGCCUAGCCCCAUACCCAACGCAGAAGGUCCAAAUCAGAUACAAGAUACUCGAAUGAUGUCACCCCCAACGAAAGAGAAGAGUGACACCAUCUACACCCUGCAUACCUAG